GAUUUCAUCAUUUCUACUCUGAUUCUUGCUGAGUGAACGUCAUUUUGACUCUGCCAUUUUCCUGCGCCAUUUCGUUUUCUUGUACACGAUGUCUGCUAAACGAACUUAUUCUGCAUCUAAUGUCCUGUUUGAAGAUCCUGACUUUCCUUUUCGGGACUCAGAUGACGAUUUAAUCGAUGAAGUGGAUCAGAUUUUUCUGGAAAAUCCUAUGGAUCUACCCUUGUAUUAUCAAGUGGGUUCCGGAUUUGAGACUUCUCCUUCAUCAGCUCGUGGGCCUGUAUACAUAGCCGGUUCCGAUGAACGUUCGAUCGAUGAGGCAAUUGUUCUUACGGAAAAGUCUCGUCGACGGAACCAUAAAUAUCAGGCCGAGGAGAUUACCUUCCACGCUUGUGUGGACAUCGAAAGACUGCCUCAAGGCGUGCAAGGCAUCCCGAUGGUCCGAAUUCCUGACACCGUCCGGGAAUUGUUCGAACAACUCAUUCGCCGUACAGCAGCUGAUUUAAAUCCAUCGGACCUCAUCCGAUUUUGCAUCCAGGCAGAAGGUUUGGACAAACCGAUCAGCACUUCCCUCAUGGCAGUUUCGACUUAA